GUGCAAUAUGGAAGAAAGACCUUUAUCAAAAAAAAAACAAAAAUUGUAUUCAAUAUGGAAGAAAGAUUUCUAAAUUUUAGAAAUUGUAUUAAAUGUUUAGAAAAGGUUCAUCAGAUUUAAGUAACAAAAUCUGCUUUCAUGUUUCUAAUUUAAUAUCUAACACAAAGUUAAAUAAAAAUCCACAAUUUCGUGCCACUCGUGCAAAUUUGUUAUUAAUGAAAUUAAAAUGACAGAAAUAUUGACAAGAAAAACCAAUUAAACAUUAAACUUAUAAUCACACGCUGAGUAAAUCUGACAAAUAUAAAAAGCCUUUCGCUCUAAAAUCAAAAUUUCUAGAAUUGCAAAGCCCUAAAAUUUCAAUUAUCCCGCAAGCUAAUUUCUGAAGUCGGUUGUUCGAAUCUCUCAAUCGUUGAGCGAUUUACGUGGGAUUCGAUAAGGUAAGUUUCCAUAGAAAUCUGGAAUCUUUGUGUUAUUUUUUGAUUAGGCUCUAAGUAUCGAUCUGACUUUCACGGUGCAACCAUGGAUUCUGUUUCUAAAGAUAUGAUCAACGUUUUGCCGGACGCACUUCUUUGUCAUAUCUUGUCAUACCUCACUACAAAAGAAGCUGCUUCAACAUCACUUCUCUCGAGAAGAUGGCGUUAUCUACUUGCUUUUGUUCCAAACCUUGAAUUUGAUGACUCUGUUUUUCUGCAUCGGGAUAAACGGGUAAAGAAUCCUUUACGUGAGAAAGGUUUAGUGGGUUUCGUGCUUUUGGAUGGCAACAAUAAAAGGAAGAAGCUUUCGACAAGCUUUCCGGAUUUCGUGGAUAGGAUCCUUGAUUUGCAAGGCAAUUCUCCUCUAGACAAAUUCUCUCUAAAGAUGGUAGAUGGUCAUGAUCCUGUUGAUCCGGAUAGUGUCGUUCCUUGGAUACACAAGGUGUUGGUACGUGGUGUAUCAGAUCUCCAGCUAGUCGUGGAUAUGAAUGGAUGGACAUCUGAUCCGCUUCCUUCAAGGAUCUUCUUGAGCGAGACAUUGGUUAAGCUGACUAUAAAAAUUAGAGAUGGCCCUUUCAUUGAUGUGAAACAUGUUCAUCUUCCAAAGCUUAAGACUCUCUAUCUCCGGUCAGUUGUGUUUGAUGAGACUGAUAUUGGGUUUAGCAAGCUUCUUUCUGGUUGUCCCGUGCUCGAAGAACUUGUUAUCGAUCAUAUAGGGUCGUGUGUAUGGACAUCUUGCCCUGUUUCUGUCGCGACUCUCAAGAGACUGACGUUUUGUUGCGAGAACAUGAAGUUUUGCGGUAUGCACGAGGAAAAUCCAAAUAAUGUGUCCUUUGAUACUCCAAAUCUUGUCUACUUGGAAUAUGCUGAAGUCAUAGCGAACAAUUAUCCAAAAGUGAAUUUUGAUUCGCUUGUUGAAGCCAAGAUCGAUAUUUGGAUGACAGAUGAUCAGAUAGAAGAGGUAACACUUAGAGACAAUGAGGAAAACUGUAUGGUUGGCAAUGCAACAGAUUUUAUAUUUGGAAUCCGCAAUGUUCGGGUCCUCUACUUAUCUGCCGACACUCUCGAGGUACUCACGUAUUGUUGCAAACAAAUACCGAUAUUCAACAACCUGACUCAUUUAACCAUCGAGAGUAACCCAAAAGUUGGUUGGAAAUCAAUACCAAAGAUGCUUAACAAUUCUCCAAAUCUUGAAACUCUCGUCUUCCAAGGACUCCUUCACAGAGAUACCGAGGAGGACGUUGCUAUAUCAUCAAGUUCAGUGAAAGUGCUAAAGAUAUUCAUUAGUGAUGAAAAAGUAAAAAAGCAAAUAGAGAAGGUCAAGCACUUUAUGGAAACAAUGCCUCGUCUUGAACAACUGGUUUUAUACUAUGAUGUGAAAGUAUCAUCGCAACUUCAGAUGCUUAGUAGGUUAGCUUCAUCAAAGUGCAAGAUCCACCUUAUCCCUAGUAACCUGAGCGUAUGAUCGACCGUUCCCACAUCGGUAUUGACGAAUUGAGGUCCUCUUCUUUGGGAGAACAUUUAUGGUUUCUUACUAUGUGGUUAUACCAUAGAUGGAUGUGUCUAGGCUUUUCUUGUAAUAGCCAAACAGUUUCAUUUAUAUGAUAUUAACAGUUAUAGCAAAAAAAAAUAGAUGGAUGUGUCUACAAUACAAAACAAGUUCUUUUAGAAUACCCUCAUCAUCUUAACAAUAGUAUGUUAUUAUUUUGAUAGAAAUUAAAUAAAUAAUUAAA